UUUUUUUGUUUGGUAGGUUUUGUGAUUUGUGAUCACGGCAGAUUGUGAUUUAGCCUGCACAAGCCUUCCUGCUGGUGCUGGGCCAUGUCAGCAGCUUGCGGAAAUUCAUGCUCCUCCAGCUAAAAACAUACCGGCCAAGGUCACAUCACCUCUACUUUUCAAUUUUGCAAACACGCAUACUACAUUUACCGGUUUAUUUUUUUUCCAUAAUGGCUGCUGCUGGACAAGAUGGCUCUAACUUCGCUGAAGAAAUUCAAGCUGGUGUUCCUGGGCGAGCAGAGCGUCGGCAAGACGUCGAUUAUCACUCGGUUCAUGUACGAUACGUUCGACACGACAUACCAGGCGACAAUCGGCAUUGACUUUUUGUCAAAGACAAUGUACCUGGAGGACCGCACGGUGCGGCUGCAGCUGUGGGACACGGCAGGGCAGGAGCGGUUCCGGUCACUGAUUCCAUCGUACAUCCGGGACUCGUCGGUGGCGGUGGUGAUAUACGACAUCACGAGCCACGCGUCGUUUGCGCAGACGAGCAAGUGGAUCGAGGACGUGCGGGCGGAGCGCGGCAACGAGGUGGUGAUUGUUUUGGUGGGGAACAAGACGGACCUGAACGAUAAGCGCCAGGUGUCGACCGAGGAGGGCGAGAAGAAGGCGCGCGAUCUGAAUGUUAUGUUUAUGGAGACCAGCGCCAAGGCCGGACAUAACGUCAAGGCGCUGUUCAAGAAGAUUGCCCAGGCCCUGCCUGGCAUGGAUGGGGGCGCGCAGGAGCAGGCCAGGGCGUCGAUGAUUGAUGUCACGCUGAACCCGGCUACGCAGAAUGGCGCCGAUGGGUCGGCGUGUGCGUGCUAAUCAGUUUUUUCUUAUAUGCCAACACUAUCACCAAUGCCAUAAAUUGUGCUUAUUCAUGGUUUCGCACAACAAGUUGAAAGGA